CGCAGCCUCGGGCGGCACGGCGGCACGGCGCCGAGGCGACAGCGGGCCGAAAACAGCGGCGGCGCAAGGCUGCGGGCGAGGGGCGGGGCAGAGAGCCCCCGUGGCUGCCAUGGCCGCCUCCCCCUCCCCGCCGCCUCCCUUAAAUAGUAUGGGGCGGCCGUAGCUGCGGUGGGAGCUGCUGCCGAGCGCACCAUGCGGGCUGUCAUCGCCUUGGCCACGGCGCUGGGCGGCACGCUGCUCGGCGGCUGCCUCCUGCGUCUGGGCGGCGAGCGGCCGCUCCGAGCCAGGGGCUGGGAGGAGGAGGCAGAGGUAGCGACUGUCACUCCGAAAGUGGUGCGAGCCCUCAGGUCUCCCCUAACGUCCCUUCCUCAGACCGAGAACAGAACAACUGCUAAUAAGGAUGGAAUUUACCAGUUUGAACUGGAUACGAAAUGUAAGGCAAUUCAGGACAACAUUUUGUCAUCGUCAAUCAAGAAGAAAAGAUAUCCAGAAGAUUAUUAUCUUCACAUAGUCAAAAAACUGCAGAACUGCACCUGGAUAAGGAGACCAGAAGAAUCAGCAAAAUUCAGGUCAGAGUUAGCUUCCUGCUGUAAUGCAGUUCACAAUUUUAUUGCUUCUCAAAACAACACCCCACUGGGAAGUAACAUGAGUUAUGAAGUGGACAGUAAAAAGACCAUCCUCAUUACGGAAGACAUUUUUAGAAUGCUGCCUGUGUCCUCUCCUCUUUCAGUUUAUCCCUUCAAGAACUGUGCAGUGGUUGGAAAUGGAGGCAUUCUGAAAAAUUCCAGCUGUGGAGCUGAAAUCGAUCGUUCUGACUUUGUGUUUAGGUGUAACCUCCCUCCAACAAUGGGAAGCAUUAGCAAAGAUGUCGGCAAUAAAACAAACCUUGUGACGGUUAAUCCAAGUAUCAUAGCUCAGAAAUACAACAAACUAAAUGAAAAGAAGACGGAAUUUGUGGAGAACGUUGCGGUCUAUGGAGAUGCUUUCCUUUUAUUGCCAGCAUUUUCCUUCAGAAGCAACACAGCUACUUCUUUUAAAGUCUAUCACACUCUGCAAGAGUUCAAAGCAACCCAAAGGGCAAUAUUUUUUCACCCCACCUAUCUGAAAAGUCUUGCCCAGUUCUGGAGAACUAAGGGUGUGAAAGCCUACCGGUUGUCAUCUGGUUUUAUGAUCACUAGUGCUGCUGUUGAGCUGUGUGAGAAUGUGAAGCUUUACGGCUUCUGGCCUUUCUCAAAAUCCACAGAAAAGAUGCCAAUCAGCCACCACUAUUACGACAAUCAGCUGCCCAAACCAGGUUUCCAUGCAAUGCCCAAAGAAUACAACCAGAUCCUUCAGCUUCAUGGCAAAGGCAUUUUGAAGUUGCAGUUUGGUAAAUGUGAAUCAGACUAAAAAGCAAAUGAAUUGAAGAAAAAUCAAACAAGAAAAGGAACUAAACAAGAAAAAAAUUACAAUUUUUCUCUAAAAUGAGCCAUCAGUUUUGAAGAAUAUCCCUAAAAGUGACUGAACACUUUGAAAUGUGAUAAUCUGAAAAUGUUAAAAGCAGUCACGUAAAAGAUUUUCAUAGAUAGUACUGAUCACAAGUACACACGUAGUAGACACAUAUCUAGUAGACCUCAAGGUUUUGCUCAUAGAGCACAUACACAGAUACCUGUAGUGAGUGAAUUUUGAACAUACGAGUUUCAGAAGAAAGUCUUUUCCUUCACUGCAGUUACUUUUUCUUCAAGGCAAAAUAUGACCAGAUAGCUUCUGUGCUACUUACUGUGACUUCUCCAAAUAGAAGCUGUCUGUCUCAUCAACUCAAGGCAAAUAUAUACAUACAGCUGUUUUGUGAUGUGGAGUAUUAUCCUGUAGGGCCCUCUAGGGACUGAACUGUAAUUGCCAAAUUUUAUUACAGCCAGAAGAGAGGAUUAGAACUGAAAGAUUUUAUUUGACAUCACAGACCACCAAGUGGCUUCUGUCCAAAGAUGAAGAUCUAGGUGGUUGUCACCUCUCUCCUUCCUGGAGUGUGUCAGACUUACAUAGAUGAACAAAAACAAAGAGUUUUGCUGGAAUUGCGUAUAUGAGUAUACAGAUGCAAAUAUGUCCACAUAAACCAAAAUAUUUCUAAAGCAGAAGUGUAAUUUCUGCUGUGGAAAGAAGUAAUCUCAAAAUAAUCUUAACCAUCUCAAAUAUUUUGCUGAUGAGCCAUUCCUUGCCAAAAGAGCAGCACUGACUGGUGGUGGGGGCUGCUUGGUCCAGGUACAGAACAAGUGAGUGCUGCCCUAGCCAAGGCAUUGCCUCUUCCUCAUCCUCUGCUCAGACAGGGAGCAGUCUGCAAAAAGCUGGCUGGGCAAGGGGAGAGCAGGAAGGAAGUGGCUGUGCCCUGGAGUCAGAUAGUCAGACAGUUUGCUUCUAGUUCACAGCAAGCAGAAACCAUCCUCCUGCGGAGAGGGCAUCUCACAUGAAGAUGGCAGUCCUGCUAUCAGAAACACACAGUCAUUGGUGCUAAAAAGACUUAAGACAGAAUUUUUCUUUGUGCAGCAAGAUUGGCCAAAACCAGGCUAGGUUUUCCUCCGCCCUCAAAAUACUGUCAGGUAAAAAGUGUCACAUUAAGAUGGUGCAAUAUAAAGACACUUACGUUCAUUGGGUUAGUCCAGGAGAAGAGAAUGGCUAAAAGCCCGUCCACACAAUGAAAGACAUGGCCGUGGGCUAGCAUACCUAGGGUCAUGGCCGUACCGCAGCCCUCAGCUGCAAAAAUACGUAUAUGGGCUAAAGAAGACUAUCAGUAUUUUAAAAAGAGUGUGAAGAGAGCCUCUUCUUUGGGGACCCUUGAUGUAGUGUCUGAAUGUGCCUGGGAUUUGAGAUACACAUACAUGUUUUAGCUUGUCUCUUGCAUCCUGCAUGAAGUAUCUGUACCAUCCUCUCUCUGUGGCCAGAGCCAAUCAAUUCAUAGCAGAUGGGAGCGGUAGGGUCUCACAGACUGUGUGGACUGAUAGAUGGAACCAUCUGGUAAAUGGAGAUGCCGUAAUGAAAGCCUUAGCUCUCAAGUAUAUAAAUGCAGAUGAAACUCUUUUAUCAUAUAAGUGUAAAAAGAGAAAGCCCAGCAAGGACUGCAUUUAAGCUGUUGCCUGUUUUCUGCAGUAUAGCGAAUCAAAGUUGAAUUAGUCCUGAAGGUCACAUCCUGCUGCUGUUACUGGAGGAAGAAAUACUGGGUGUGCUGGGAAAAAGAUAUGAGUAUUAGAAAUGGAAAAACUUUCAUCUUCUAAAUUACUUUAUUAGGCAUUUUGGGAGACUUUAGGGGCAGAAAUAAUUGGACUUUAUUGUAAAAGCAGUGCUGCUUCUGUAACUCUAAACCUGCAGUGGCAUUAGUUCUUUUGUUUAGCUUUUUAUCUCCUUUGUAAGAAAGAAAAUUGCUCUUUUACUAUGUACGGAGUUUUACCAGAGAAAAAACACUCAGUAAUGGUCCCUCAAUUCGAGCUUCGCCAUGAACAAAUAAAUAUACAUUAUGCAAAAUUUGCUGUUUGCAGGGGAGGCAGCCCUGUGCUUUCUCUGCCAUCUAACACUGUGCUGGCCCAGCCUCUUCUUGAGGGCUGUCACCAACUCCUGCCCAGACUGGUCAGCAGCUGGGUGCCUAAAGCUCCUUUCAGAAAGGCAGAAAUUGCCAAUGUGAGUUGCCAAUAGGAGAGGAAGGAGUUGGGCUGGAACCAUGCUGCCUUGGUAAACAUCCUAAAACUGGGUUAUGAUAUAAAAGAGGAAUGAAGGAGUCUUAUCCUAGCUGGAUUUUAAGUGAAUUUUAAGUUACAUUGUCAGGAAAGGGUUGAAAGCUGGUUGCCGAGAAGACAAAAAUAUUCUCUGAGACACUGGAACAGAAGUAAAAGAGACCAGAUUUAAUAUCCUUUGGAUAUGCUCAUGCACAACACAUCACAGAGAAAUGUGACGAAGGAAAGAUGAGGGAUCAUUAUUAAGUGACAUGGGUAAUGACCUAAAAUGGAAGAUUAUGGUACUUUAAUGUUAAAUACACUGUUCUUCAUCAAAAGCUAGUGUAGAAUAACUUCCUUUCAAAGAGACAAACAUUGAAAUUCUGGAUGGCAGCUGCAGGAGGCAGAUCUAACAGCUGUGACACUGUGGCUGUCUUUGGGCACCUCACUUUGCCAUAAAGACAAGUGAGGCAGUAGAGGGAAACAGUCUGAGAUUUGUCUCACCAACUGCAGUCUCCACUUCAAGGCAGGAUGACUUGUGUGCUAGACAAUAUGGUCUGUAAUGACCAGAUGCUACUUCAUAGCCAGAGUAACUACUUGGUAUGUAAAUUUCUACAUUACAAAUUCCUACACUUAUUAGAUGAGUCCCAUUGUUCCUGUCCAACAGUUUUCAUGUCUACAUUGAAUGGUUUUUAACAGUGCUUUAAUUACAGAGCUCUGAACUCUGUUGGCCCUGCUCGCUGUUCUAUAAUAUGGAUAAUAAUUUCUAGGAUGAAAUCUCUGAAUAUAUUUAACAUCUUUUAUAAGAGUCUAAAAUAGAAACUCUAAGAACAUUAACUUAGAGCACUUUUCAAGUUCAUCUUACUUGCAGUGCAUUAGAGUGAAGUGACAAGUGAGGUGUGACGUGAAGUAAUUAUACUGAUUGUGUUGUAUGUGCUCUGCAGGAGCUGAGUGAUUUGCUGAGGAUAUUAAUUUCAAAAGCCAGACAGCAAGAGAUCAACUGAGAUGAAAGAUCUUUGCAAAGUGACCUCAGACCAGGGGAAAGGAAAAGGAGAAGAGGAAUAUAUGGUUCAGAGAAGGAAUUCAGUGCUGUAUAGCCUAGCAGUGAACCGUAGCAGAUGCAUUUUGACACCAAAGGUGAUCUUCAUGUGACUAUGGUCAUGGUCUAUGGAGAGAAGGGGAGCAUAAUUCAUCUGGCUUAUUUUAGAUAUCUACAUUGGGAUGUGGUAAAUUAUGCCGUAGACUCACGGGUUUAUAAAACUCAGGCAUGAUUUCUGCAGUUAGAUACUUCACUCCCACGGCCCACAGGGUUGGUGAAGGGUAGGUAGGUACAAACCUAAAAUGAGCCACCACCUGCCUUAUCUGUGUGUAGUCAUGAGCUUGUCUGAUCACUACACCUGUGACAUUAGACUUCAUGACCAUGGAAAUUGUAGCUAAGUAGAGACAGCAUAUAAUGAGAACAAGUUGAUCAGGACCUUUGUCAAUAACAUAGUCAACUUAAUUUCUUUGAUCUUUAAAACAAUUGUCACAGUCAUGAGAAGUUAAUAAGAAUUUAAAAGCUUUUCACUGUGAAAUGUUCACUGUUGAAAUCACUACUGAAUUUGUGUAGUUAAACUGUUAUGCAUCCCUGAAUAGAUACAUUAAAAGUAGUUUAAUCCUAUUGUACUUCGGCUUUUGCUUAGUUUGGCAAUCUAGCAGUGCAAGUAAUACUGCUUUCACUUAGGGAUUGUCACUGCUUCACUUGAAUGAAUUAAUUAGCAAGACAUAAACUGAGUGAAUCUGAGGGGCUUUGGGACAUGGGCUAAAUCUUCCCCAGAGAACCAAAACCAGUGAUAGGUGGGUGCCAGUUCUCAGUGUAACACAGCAUUAAUGAAGAGGUUGUCAUGAAGCUUGUUUGGGUGGCAUAUUCCUUGAGUCUGAUUAUCUAUGCUCAGAGGGCGAGGUAGGCAGCAGCAUAAUUCUGUGCUAACAAGGACCUCCAUCCUCGAUCCAUUCCACACAACUUCAUCUGUCAUCUGCCAGAAGAAAAAAAAGACAAGCUACUUUUGUUUGACUGAAGUGUUGAUUUGGCCAAGAAACAAUGCUUUGUCACAUCCAAAUGAAAUGAAAAUAAAAAUCUGUAAUCAGCAUGGCCAUCAUGGUUACUGACUCAGACUCUACGGGGCUAAACACAGGCAGUUCCUGAGCUGGAAGCCUUUGACUCAUAGGCUCAGAGCACAUGCUUGAGGAUCCCUGGACACUUGUAUUUUCAGCUGUUAAGGCUCAGCCUGUACUGAAGAGAAGACUGGCCAGUGGAGUCUGUCCUCUGAAAAGCUAGAAGUCUGGGUGCACCUGACCCUCAUCAGCUGUCAGUGAACUUUUGGAAAUGAGCCCUUUGUCUCAUCCACCAUGGUGCUGAUGUACCUCUGACAACAAACAUCCAACUCGGACAAGCGGUUUAACUUUUUGACAGAUAAUGUAGAUGAAAGGAUCAUCUUGCUCAUUGAUUAAGGCUGUAUCCUUUUAUGGCACCAUGAACUGCAUCAAUACUCUAACCUCUGCAAUACGUGCACCAUCUGCAGGCCUGUUGGUGAGAAGAGACGCUAAGCACUUUGUGGCCACCAGAAAUCUUUUCUAUCUUUCCUUUCCACACAUGUCCCUGGAAAUGAGGCAUAACUUUGCUGUUCAGAGGGAAGGAUGCCUUUGUAAGGAUCUUUUAAUUUCCAUGUAGUAAUAGUAGUAAGCAGUCUCUUGAUUUCUUGAUGGCCAAACACUUUGUCCCAUGUUAUUCCCUCUUUAAACGGGAAAAGUGAUGUUUGGUCCUCUCCCAGUAAUGUCUACAUCUUGAGAAUCAUUUCUGUUCUGUCUGAUGAAAUCUAUGCAUGAACUGCAGAUAGACAGCUUUCUUUCUCUCUUAAAACUUCAUUUAUUGCUGCUGUUUCACAGCUUGAUCAGUGUUUGGUUGGACCAUGAUAUAAAGCACAGCUGAAUGGUUUAGAUGUAUAGUGCCAUGAUUAUGAAACUUGAAUUACAAAGACAGAAAACAAAUCAAAAGAACAAGGAGAGAAUUAAACACUUUUGAUCAGCUUUUCUCCUGCACUUACUAUUUAAUUUAAACCAGAGCUGUUUCUUCUUGCAGUAAUCAUCCAUCUCCAAGAAGUGAAAAUACACUUGCAAAACUAAUAAAUGUGAAUCUAUUUGCAAAGAUAUGUAUUUAUGUGCCUGGCACUUCAGGGUGUUUAGAGGGUAAUCUCAAACUGUGAGCACUGCACUCUGUAAAUUUUGAAGCGAUUUUUCUAAAUGUCAAGUAUUUAUUACAUGAAAAAAACAUUUGGAGUGUGGAGCAGGUCCCUGGUGAUAUAUGGUGCAUUUGGGGGAGGGCUUCUUGGACGAAUGGAAAUAAUAUUUGAGUGUUGAAAAGCAAAUCCUCCACUUGAAAUUUCUUUGUGUACGUGGAAAGGAAAUUGAACAAAGCUGGAAAGCCAGCCAAGUAUUUUUCUUUGUCUCUUGCAUAAACUUAAUAUAAAAUAAUGAUUUUCCAAGCCUUUUAUGUGUAAGCUUACUCCAGUCUUUUCUUAGUCCUGCAGCACUUCUACCUCCUCAGCUCAGAUUGCUGCUGCCUCCUUCUCAUCCCCUUAACAGCUCCAGAGGGCUCAGUUCAGACUACAGGCAAAUAAACCCUGCAGGAUUUAU